GAAAAAGAAAAAUGGGCAUAAAAUAAAUGAAGCCCCCAAAUUCAAACAGAGACCAAGUGAAUAAGAUCCCAUCUAUCACUAUCUUUCUCAGUUCUCGUCCCUGUACGGCCUUCAUCGCUUGGAACAUUGUUAUUAAACUUCCACUUCACAAGUUCCACCAUUAUCAAACUACGAAAAAAGCAACCCAAAAAAAAAAAAAAAACAAAAAAAAAUUCCAAACAGUCCCUAAUGCUGGAUCCAGCAAACGAUUUGCUUCCUCCUCCUUCUUCCCCAACCAAUUCCUCCAUUUCCUCCUCCGAUCUCGACACUGAGUCUACAGGCUCAUUCUUCCAUGACAGAAGCACCACUUUGGGAACACUUAUGGGUGUGAGUUUCCCGGCGAUCACUUUCCGAGCACCGUCGCAGCACCAUCGGGAAAUCCAUGCGGCUUCAUCGUCGGCCGCCGCUACUCCUUCGUCGAUGAAUGCAUCGGGGAAGAGCAAGAAACCUAAGAAGAAGAAAAACUCGGCGGCGGCGGUUGUGGUGGUCGAGAGACGGAGGAGAUGGUGGCGGCUCUGCAGAGACGACGGUGCGAAACCGGCUUCGCUGGGAGAGUUUCUUGAGGUGGAGAGGAGGUUCGGAGACGGUGCGUUUUACGGUGCGACGGCGGAGCUUGAAGGUGUGGCGGUGGAGGAGAACCAGCAGAGGAAUGGUGGUCGGGUUUUGUUCGCCGACGGGAGGGUUCUUCCACCGGCGGUGGAUGUUGAUGAAGGUACAUCGACGACGGCUGGUGCGCUUUGUAGAUUUCCGGUUAUGCUCACCGGGAUCUGCAGCGGCGGUGUGGGAUAAAAAGAAAAAAUAUGAGAAUUUUUAUUUUCAAAUUCACUCUCUUUUUAAUUUUUAAAUUUUAAAUUUUAAAUUUUUAUUCUCACUUUAAAAAUUAUGUUUGUAGAUUAAUUGAUAUAACAAUAAAAUAUAUAUAUAUUCUUUUA